AUGAUUCAUGAAGUGUCGCCAAGUCACAGUGGUGGUGGCACCGGUAGUUUAUUUGAUCUACCGACUAGAAGUAUAAAAUCUCCAUCAUCUUCAAGUAUAGAUACUAGUAGUCAAUCUUCAUUACAAUUAUCAAGUCCUAUUAAGAAACUACGAUUUGAUGAUAGAACUCAAACUCGAGUUAGUAUUGCCUUAAAAUAUCAUCAAUCGCUGAAUUCUUUAAAAUCUAUAUCAAGUUCAAGUCCAAGUCCAAUAAUUGAUGAUAUAGUUACUAAUAAUAUAUUUAAAUGGCAUGAUACAAUUACAUUAAAUUCCAUAAUAAAUUCUCCUGAUUUUAUAACUAAUAAUGGGUCAGUUGUUUGUUUAGAACCUUCAUCUAUUUAUAUUGCCUUAGGAACUAAUACAGGUUCAGUAAUUAUAUUUAAUUAUCAUCAAGGUGUUGAAUUCAUAUUAACUAUUGAAGAACAAUUUGAAGAUAAUAAUAAUAAUAAUUCCAGUAAUAAUAAUAUUAAUACGGUUGAUCCAAUUAUAAGUACAAUUGCCUUUUCUUCAGAUUCAACAUUUUUAGCUGCUGGUUAUACUAAUGGACAAAUUCGUUUAUGGGAUUUAUCAUCUAAAUCUUCUGAUACAUUCCCGGGAACUAUAUUACCAUAUUUUACAAUUAAUCCAAUAACUUUAAAGGAAAGAUUUACCAAAGUUAUAGAAGGUCAUCUUAAAAAUACUCCUAUAACCAAUAUAUCAUUUAUUGGAGAUAAAUAUAAUCAAUUAAUAUCAACUGAUCUUUCAGGUUUAGUAUUCUUUCAUAUUGGUAUAAAGAAAUUUCUUCAAAAAUAUUUUAUAUCUCAAAAGAUUCUUGGAAAUAAUGAUGCAAAUGUUAGUGAUAAUAGUAUUAUAAUUAGUGAUUGUCAAUUAUUACCUUUAGGUAAUUUACCUCAAAUAACUGAUCAAUUAGGUUUAGUGGCAGUUAUAACAAAUAAUAUAUUAAGUAUAACUUCAAUAAUGUCACUUAAUAAUCCUCAUAAUGUUAAUGUACGACAACAUUUUAAAAUUGCAAAAUCAAAACAAGUAACUAAUCAUAGUAAUAUUUCAGCUUGUCUUCAAUGGUAUCCCUGUAUGAUAGAAAAUGAUACAUUAAUUAAUGCAAAAUUAGUUUAUUCUUGGAAUAAUGUUUUAACUAUUGUUGAAUUAGAUAAUAAAUCAAUAUCAGGUAAUAUAUUAGAUGUUAUUAAAGAUUUAAAGGAUAAAGAUAAAGCUAUUCCAAAUUUUAGAAUUUAUAAAACUUGUCGAUGGUUAACUCCAAAUCCUCAAGAUUCAAUUAUAUCAUUAAAAUGGUUAUCAUCAGAAAUUUUAUGUGUAUUUAUUAAAAGUAAAGAUCUUGAAACUAUAACUAUGAUUACUUUAUGUUAUUUAACUAAUUUAAAUAAAUUAGUUGUAGCAGAAUCUUAUAAUUAUGCUAUUAAAUCAUUUAAACAUAGAAUAUUAGUAAUUUCAGAAGAUAAAAAAAUCAUUAUUGGUCGACUGUUAAAUUGGGCAGAUACAUUAAUUGAAUUAUUAGCUCAAGGUCAAUAUUAUCAAGCUUUAAUUAUAGCCAAUGAUUAUUAUUUAUCUAAUAAUAUAGGGAAAUUAAUUCUUGUUGGAUUACCAGCAAAUCCUAAUGAAAGAGCUCGACUUAUGGGAAGUUAUUUAAUUAAAAUUAUGAAUGAAGCAGUUCCUCAUAUUUUUACUAAACAUGAUGAACAUAGUCAAUUAAUCAUGUGUUUAAAUAUAAUAUCUUAUUUAUCUUUAAAGGAUACUUCAUCAAAUGAAUUAAUGGAUCUUUUAGAACUUGUAUUUGAAUAUUUGAAUAAUGAUAGUUUAUUCUUUGAAACUUUAAAAUCAUUUAUAUUAUCAAGUACAAUAUCAAUUGUUCCUCCAAUAAUUUUACAAAAACUUGUAGAAUAUUUUAUUGAAAAUGAUCAAGGAGAUUUAUUAACAGAAAUGUUAUGUAUAUUAGAUAUUCAUCUUUUAAAUAUUGAUUUAACUAUUCAAUUAUGUCAAAAAUAUCAUUUACGAGAAUGUUUAAUUUAUAUUUGGAAUUAUUUACUUAAUGAUUAUAUAACUCCAUUAAUUGAUUUUAUUAAAGAUUUUCAAAAUCCAAAUUUUUUAGCUUCAGAAGAUUCAAUUCAAGCUUAUACUUAUAUGACAUAUAUUUUAACUGGUAGACAAUAUCCUACUGAUAGUUUUAUUGAUAUUAAUAAAGAAAUUGAAAUCAAACAAUCUAUAACCAAUAUUUUAUUUUCAAUGACUCCAAUAACUAUUAAUGGUAAAAUCAUUCAAACUUCAAAUGAUAAUACAGUUUUCCCUUAUCUUUAUACAUUUUUACAAGCAAAUUCUUUUGAAAUGUUAACUACUUUAAAUGAAUUCUUUGAAGAUCAUUAUUUAAAUGAUAAUGAACAAAGAAAAUUAAAUCGUCAAUAUAUAACUGAAGCCUUAUUAGAUAUUUUUGAAAUUAAUGAAAGUCAUUUUACUGACUUUGAUCGAUGUCAAUUAUCGAUUUUUAUUGGCCGAAAUUAUCCCAAAUAUUCUCAAUUUAUUAGAUUAUCAGAAUCAACUUUAAGUAGGAUUAUUGAUAAUUUAUGUGAUAAUAAAGAGAGAAGUAUUGAAGGAGAUUGUGAAUUAGCUUUACAAAGUUUAUUACCUCAUUAUGAACCUGAAAAUGAUGAAUAUUUAUUAGAAAAAUUGCAUAAUGCCAAAUAUUAUAAUGUUUUAUUAAAUAUUUAUAAAUCUCAGGGCAAAUAUGCUAAAGUUUUAGAACUUUGGCUUGAAAAAUUAAGUAAUGGAGAAUCAGAAUCAAUUAAUAAUAUACUUGAAAGUUCAUUUAUAUUAUCAAAAUCAGUUAAUGAUAGAUUAAGUUUAAUUCGAGUAAUUAAGGAUAAUUUCGAAAGAUUUGCAUCCAUUGAUUUGGAAAAUUUUACUCGACUUGUUAGUAAAUAUAAUCCUCAAUUACAUGAAGAAAUAUUAUUGGUUACUAAUAAUGAUUCUCUUGUAUAUAAAUAUUUGAAAUUAUUAUUUGAACAAUCUAAAAUUGUUGAAUUAUCAAUCCAAAUCAAAAACUUUCAUAAUUUAACUAUUACAUAUAUUAAAUUAAUGUGUAUUUUAAACAAGCAGGAUGAAGUAUAUGACUUUCUUGAAAUAUGGAAAUAUAAUUUAAGAACACAUGAAGAAACCUUUGAAGAGGUAUUCAAAUUGUUACAAAAGGAAGAAUUAAUAGAUUGUGUGGCAUCCUUUUUGGUUUUGCAGCAAAAAUACAGGCAAGCAUUAGAAGAAAUUUUAAACUAUAUAAAACCAACAAUACUUUUGAAACCACAAGAAGGUGGUCGUAGUCUAGAAUAUUUCAGAGUUAUAAUAACUCAUGCUAUGGAUAUUUGUGAAAUACCCGAGACAUUGACUAUAAAGUAUGAUGAUGAGUUAUUUUUGAACGAAAAGUUAUGGUUAGAACUCAUAGAAUCAUUAGUAGAAAUGGCUAAUUUAACUAUUAAUGAUGAUUUGAUUCAUCAAUUCAUAAAUAGAUGUAUUCAUGAUACAUUUAGACAGAUUAGUAAUACGAAAAUCAAACAACAAGAGAGAUCAUUCUUGGUUAUUUUUAAUAAGUUUCUUACUAGUUCAUCUGAUAAAUCUACUUUAUCUAAUAUUAGAGGGAUCUUACAAGAAGUUUUUAUUUCAUAUUCUUAUGAGAGUGAGAUGCUCCAAAUUUCAUUGGCUAUGCUUAAUGAAAAUAUAUAUAAGAGUAUGCAAUUAAUUAAACUAGAAAACUUACGUGGAUGGAUUAUUACUUCUAAGAUUUGUUCUUCUUGUGGCAAAGUAAUGUGGGGCAAUGGAUUAAGUGAGCAACAAUUGGCGGAACAUUAUGAUGCGUGGGAAGAUAAUCAACGCUCAUCAUUAGUUUUAACGGCUGCCGAUAUAAAUUACUUUAAAACCCUAUUUGAUAAAGACAAGUAUCACGAUUGUGAAUUAAUUUUUUUUAAGUGUAAUCAUGGUUAUCAUUCGAAAUGUUUAGAUAAUCUUGGAGGUAAAAGGGUUAAAACGUGUGUUAUAUGUUCUUCUAAUUAA